AGAAGAAUGGGAGACAUAAAUGCAGCUUUUGCGUUUAACCUCUUGUGUAUUUCUGUUAGCGAGCUCGUAUUAGUUGAAUGAAUGAUACACGGCAUUUUGUGACUUGUUGAAACUGACAUUGGCGAAAUGUGGAAGAAUAAUUUGAUAGUAGUUCUUAUUCUCGUCGUCUGCAAGGCAAUCUGUGAUGGGGUUUCAUACACGAGGAAGGAUAGUCAGAAUGAUCACAAACACGUGCACUGGAAGGCAGAUAUUGACGGUGGGAGAUUGAUGGAUUCGACUGUCAAGGCGUGUCCAAGGGUUGUUACCCGCGAAGAGUGGGGUGCUCGACCUGCCAAGAAUAGGACAGACAUGGCAACUCCGGUCCCAUUCGUGAUAUUACAUCACACCGAUAUGCCAGAAUGCUUUACCUUUGACGACUGCUGUAAGAUGAUGCGAUCCAUACAGGAUUUCCACAUGGACGUCAGGGGAUGGAACGACAUCGCAUAUUCUUUCCUGGUCGGUGAAGACGGUUUGGUAUACAGAGGUCGAGGAUGGGACACCGUUGGUAGUCAUGCACCCUGGUAUAACUUCAGAUCAUUAGGCAUAUCUAUCAUGGGAAAUUUUACAACGAAGCUUCCUAACAAGAAGGCAAUAGAAGCUGUUGAUGAAAUCAUUAACUGUGCGAUUAUAAACCAUAAACUCAAGUCUGACUACAUCCUCUAUGGUCAUCGUCAAGCUACCCCAAACAGGACCUGCCCAGGCCAGGCUCUUUUUGACAUGAUCCAAACUUGGCCUCACUGGAAACCAGGAGACCAUUUCCCACCAAAGCAGUGACAGACAAAAUGCAACUUCUUACUAGGCUUAAUAGGUAAUCGUGUUCACUUCCGUAACAAGGAACAGACUAUUCAAUCAUCAAAUAAAAUUAUUUUUUUUUUAUAUUUAUUUUUUUCAAGAAACUCAAUGCUUCUCUUCUCUAGCAAGUUAUUACUAAUAUCAAUGGGGAAAUUAUAUUUUGCAAACUGUAAUAUGCCUGAAUAUUUUUUCAACUGAUAUUCAUUUGAUUUUCAAUAAUAGAAUUAUGAUUAAAACCAUCCUACGCAGACAUCGGAAAUCAUUUGAAAUAUUUAGUUA